CAGCAGCAGCCGGCGUAGCCUCCCUCUCUCUGCCACCCCCACUUGCUUUAAAGUGCACGGGGGGUGCAGGAGGGGGGACGAUAUCACCAUCAAGCUCAACGUUAAAACGCCGUGGCACGGCGGCUGCGCGAGGCGCAAACUCACACCGACCGACGUCUCUUUAUCACAUUUCUUUCUGUUCCCUUCGAUGUUUUCUCGAGUCGCUUUGCUCGCCCGGGCGCGUCGCGUCGCGCGCCUGGCGGCCGACGCGCGCCCCAAACCGGCUCCGUGCGCGACUCCGUGGAGGCCUAGCAGACGCCCGUCCUCGGCUGGAUUCUCUACCGGCUUGCCUCGAUCCGGGGCCGGCGGAGCCGCGAGCCUAGGAGGCCCCUCCCCGGGCCCGCGCGAGGAGGUGACCGUGCGGUAUCUGGAGGGCGACGACGAGGGAAUCGUCGUCGUGGGUUUAAAUCGUCCAGAAGCAAGAAAUGCGCUCGGCAAAAUCCUGGUGAAGGCCUUUAAGGAGGUGAUGGUGGCUGUGAGAUGGAACCGCACUGUGAGAGUUGUCAUUUUGAGGAGCGAGGUGCCGGGAAUUUUCUGUGCAGGGGCCGAUCUCAAGGAAAGAGCACGGAUGCCCGAGCACGAAGUUGGUCCUUUUGUGGCAGACCUUCGACAGUUGUCGGUGGACCUCGGAAACCUGCCGGUCCCCACCAUUGCUGCCUUGGACGGGGCAGCUCUGGGCGGCGGCCUUGAGAUGGCCCUCGCCUGUGACAUCCGUGUAGCAGCCUCUACAGCAAAGAUGGGCCUUGUUGAAACCAAGCUGGGCAUCAUUCCCGGAGCUGGUGAGCCCAGAGCCCGGCACAGCAGCACCCCACUCCCUUCACACGCGUCCUCCCCUCUCAGUUGGCCUCCAACUUCUGGUGCCCUUCAAGCACAGGGUCACACAAUAGGUGUUACCCACAGAGUUACUAAAAUAUGCUUCUAAAGAUUCACAAUCUUU